AUGGCCAUGAGUUUCUCAUCACUCACCAAUCUCGUGCUUUUCUGUGCAGCUACGUUGCUUCUGGUCCACGCAGGUGCUCGCAACUUGCAGCAAACUCAGACUCUACCUGUUCAUGGAGCUGCUUCUCCUACCAAAGCUGAGUCUCCUACCUUCAAUGCCCCUCUAGACGACCGUAAGAAUUUCAUAGUGGGCGGUGCUGCAGGAGUUGGGGGAUUCAUGGGGAUGCCUGGUGGAACUGGUAUGACGUUGCCGCUUCCAUCCGGGACACCGCUUCUCUUCUUGGUGGCUCCGGUGCGUUUGGUGGUUUGGGCGGUGCAAUGGGUUUUCCUGGUGUUGGAGCUAAUGGUGGAGGUUCAGUUUCAGGAGGUGGUCUAG